AACAUCCACAAGCGUUAAUAUAUCCGUUAACAGUCGCUUCGAAAUCUCAAAGUGUUUACAGGCAAAUGGCAGCUUCUGCUGUAAUGGAUAAACUGCGGUCACAUAGUGCAGUUCUUGUUGAACAAGCUUUACUAGUAAGUCAAGAACUUAUACGUGUCGCCAUUUUAUGGCACGAAAUAUGGAUGGAAAACCUAGAAGAGGCAUCAAGAUUAUAUUUUAUCGAUCGCAAUUUCGAUGCUAUGUUCCAAAUUUUGGACGAAUUACAAGAUCGUCUCGAUCGUGGACCGGAAACUUUGCGAGAGAUGGCAUUUGUUCAAGCAUACGGGCGAGAACUCCAGGAAGCUGGAGGGUGGUGUAAAAAAUAUAAGCAAACUGGUGAUAUGACAUUCCUAGCACAGGCGUGGCAGAUUUAUCAUGAAAGUGGUGAACCUGUGACAAAAAUUGCCAGCUUUGUGCCAACAGUCAACAUUAUUUCCUCUAAGCAGCGGCCACGAAAAUUAAACUUAAUUGGAAGUGAUGGUAAAGAGUAUCAAUUUCUAUUAAAAGGUCACGAAGAUUUACGCCAAGAUGAACGUGUAAUGCAACUGUUCGGUUUGGUCAACACACUUCUUUCUAUCGAUUCUGAAACCUUUAAGCGUCAUUUGCACAUUCAAAGAUACACAGUCACACCACUGACACCGAAUAUUGGGCUUCUUGGAUGGGUUCCUAAUUGUGAUACUCUUCAUGCUCUAAUCCGAGAUUAUCGUGAAAGCAAGAAGAUUCUACUGAAUCUUGAACAUAGAUUGAUGUUACAGAUGGCCCCCGAUUAUGAUCAAUUAACAAUAAUCGAAAAAGUUGAAGUUUUCGAAUUUGCAUUAGCUAACACAACAGGACAAGAUUUGUAUAGGGUGCUUUGGCUAAAGAGCAAAAAUUCCGAAGCUUGGCUAGAACGAAGAACCAACUAUACUCGAUCUUUAGCUCUAAUGUCCAUGGUAGGAUACAUUCUUGGACUUGGUGAUAGGCAUCCGUCAAACAUUAUGUUGGAUCGUUACACGGGGAAGAUAGUUCACAUCGAUUUCGGCGACUGUUUUGAGGUAAAGUUUUUACUUAGGGACAAUCAAUAA